AUGUUUUUGCAACCUAUAGUCGGUGAGAGCAUACCGACUGGAUCGACUAGAGUAGGAGCUGCUCUGCGCAGCACAGAAGGAAAUUCCAGCAGUGGUGCUUCCAGCUCGUCGACAGCACUUGAGGUAAAUCCUCAAUAUGAAGCAUGGAUGGUUGUAGAUCAACUUCUCCUCGGUUGGCUGUAUAACUCCAUGACACCAGAGGUUACCAUUCAAGUGAUGGGAUGUGGAUGUGCAAAGGAUCUAUGGACUAGUAUUCAACAACUCUUUGUUCUUCAGUCCAGGGUUGAAGAAGAUUAUCUGAGACAUGUGUUUCAAAGAACCAGAAAAGGUAAUUUGAAAAUGGAGGAUUACCUUCGAUCUAUGAAAAUGAAUGCUGACAAUCUCGAAAAAGCUGGUAGUCCUAUGCCACAAAGAACUCUUGUUUCACAGGUACUACUAGGACUUGAUGAAGAAUACAAUGCCAUCGUGGCCACGAUCCAAGGGAGAGCGGACAUGCCGUGGCUUGAUAUGCAGUUAGAACUUCUCCUGUAUGAAAGGAGAUUGGAACAUCAGUCAAACCAAAAGAUGACAGUAGGCUUCAACCAAGUCAGUAAUGUAUCAGGGAAUAUGACAAACACAAGACAUGUCAACCAAAACAACAAGUCCAAUAGCAGCAAUCAGUCUACUGGGGGAGGACAAUGA